AUGGAGGGAGACAGUCUAACAUCUGGGGCAGACACCCACAGACGUGGCUGCUACCGCAGCCUCUAUCGCUUCAUUUGCUUGAGGCGGCCGGGGACGAGCGGAGCGACGCUGACGGAGGGCGAGGAAGAAGAAGAGGAGGAAGAGGUGAAGAAGGAGAAGACAGAAGAGAUCACGGAGGAGGAGGGCGUCAUGGUGCUGCACAUUUGAGAUCUCUUUGAUGCCGCGGUGAACAAGUACCUGCUGGUGGAGUUCUAUGCCCCGUGGUGCGGUCACUGUAAGCAGUUGGAGCCGGUGUACGCGCAGGCGGCUGCGGAGCUGAAGAACUCGUCGGCGGAGGCGCGCUUGGCCAAAGUGGACGCUACGCAGGAGAAGGAGCUGGCCGAGGAGUUCGAGGUGCUCAGCUUCCCCACGCUCAAGUUCUUCACCGACGGACGACGCGCCAACGCCACCGACUUCAGCGGUAAACGGACAGUACAGGGCAUCCUGCAGUGGCUGAACAGGAGAAUGGGACCAAGUGCAACUUCCCUUACCACCACAAGGGCGCCUGAGUCCAUAGAUGCCAAUAACGUCACAAUUGUGGGCUUCUUCAAGUCUCUGGACGCAGAAGCGGUGAAGGUGUUCUAUGAUGUGGCCAUGGAUGUGGUGGACGUUAACUUUGGCAUUGUGAGCAGUCCCAAGAUAUUCAAGCACUCCUGGCCCGAGGACACUGUGGUUCUGAGUUUUCGAAAGUUUGAUGACAAGCGUGCAGACCUGCUAGUCACAGAGAAGCUUGAGAAAGAUGAGGUUGUCACUUUCAUCAGAGACAACGCACUGGAACUGGUCAUCGAAUUCAACGAGCAGAACGCUGAGAAGAUCUUUGGCUCUAAGGUCCACAACCACAUCCUGAUUUUCCUCAACACCACGCUGGAGACCCACAAUGCAUUGCUCUCCGAGUACAGAGACGUCGCCAGCAUGUUUAAGGGCAAGGUCCUCUUCAUCCUGAUUGAUGUGAAUGGGGCGGUCUCUCAUGUGAUGAAGUACUUCGGCCUAUCAGAGAGCGACGCUCCGGCCGUGCGUCUCAUCAACACCGACACGGUGAAAAAAUAUGCCAUACCAACAGGGGGCGACAUCACCAUGGAAACACUCAAGUCUUUCUGCCAGGGCGUGCUGGACGGAGACAUCAAGCCCCAUAUGAUGAGCCAGGAGGUUCCGGAGGACUGGGACCAGAAACCUGUGAAGGUUCUAGUCGGGAAGAACUUUCAGUCGGUCGUCUUCGAUGAGACCAAGAACGUCUUUGUGGAGUUCUAUGCCCCGUGGUGCGGUCACUGUAAAGAACUGGCCCCUAUUUGGGACCAGCUGGCAGAGAAGUACAAAGACCGUGAUGACAUCAUUAUCGCCAACAUGGACGCCACAGCCAAUGAGGUGGAGGGAGUGAGCGUGUCGGGGUUUCCCACCCUGAAGUAUUUCCCUGCAGGGGCCGAGAAGAAGGCCGUGGACUAUACAGGGAAGAGGGACCUGGAGACGUUCUCCAAGUUCCUGGACAAUGGAGGCGUGCUUCCUGAGGAACCGGAGGAGGACGAGAAUGAGGACGAGGAAGAUGAAGACAAAGAUGAAGAUGAAGACGAGGACACAGAAGAAGCUAAUGACACAACCAAGGAUGAGCUGUGAAAACACACACACACACAGAAUUUAUUCUUGUUAUGAUUCAAUACAAACAUACAAACACACACAUACAAACACACACAUAAUUUAUUCUCAGUAUUAACCAAAACACACACACAUGGGUUUUAUCAACUAGUCAACUGGUUGACUAUUAAAAUCACUAGUCCAUGUUGUAGGCAGCAGUCCACAGCACUGUAAAAGUCAACAGUUGUGAAACCUCUAGCACACACACACGCACACACACACACACACACACACACACACUCACACAGACUGUUGAAUUGAAUUCUUCAGUAUUGAAUCAUCAUGCUCAUCUGAAUCUGUUGUUUGAUGGAGAUCUGUUUUUGUUUCAAUCAUUUAUAUGAAUCUUAAAUCAUGAAAUCAUGACUAUUAGAAUCUUAAAUCAUGAAAUCAUAAAUCUUAAAUCAUGAAUUAUGAAUCUUAAAGGCACCCUUAACAGUUUUCUUUUUACCUUAACAUCAAUUUAACGUUGACAUAAAAUCAAUUUGAUGUCACAUAACCUCAUAACAUGACAAACGGCGCUUCUGCCAGCUGCGCUCUGUAGGCGAUGACCGACCUAGCAACCAUAGACCUAGCAAUCAUAGACCUAGCAAUCAUAGACCUAGCAAUCAUAGACCUAGCAACUUCCUAGUUUUGAGUAGGAAACUGCCCCCCCCUUCUCGAAACGCAAAAGAGCUGCCAUGCUGCAGGAAUUCUGAGAUCUUUUUCUACAGACUGUUGUCGGUGCAUUCCAUCAAUGUUUUAUCGGAGUUGAGUUCAUACUUUGUUGCAAAAGAUCCAUAUUUAGUUCAUUUAUUAUUACGCUUCUCAACACACCAACAUUUUGGGAAAUCAGCUUAUUCACCAUCUCCCCCAGUGUUAGAUAAGAUGAUACAUACCCACAG